UAUGUUGUCCAGGCUAGACCCAAAACUUGUAGCAAGCUUUCUUCAGCCUCCUGAGUGCUGAGAUAUAAGCUUGAGCUAUCACUCUGGCUUUACCUUCCUUUUCAUUUUUUAAAAAAAAGUAUGUGUAUUUUCUGUAUGUCUGUGGGUGUAUGUGGAGGUCAGAGGGCAAGCCCAAGAGUCAGUUUUCUUCUUCCAGCACUUAAGUGUGUGACUGAACCCAAUAGUCUAGUGCUGUGGCAGGUCUCCUUACCUAUGAGCCAUUUCACCCACCCCACAGCCCCCACUCUCUAUUGCAUGUUCUCUAGCCAGUGUGCUGGCUGACACUUUCUGAAGCAUCUUCUACCUUCUGGAAAACCUAAUGUGGAAAACCUUUGUUCUCAAAGGCAAGUUUCUUCAUCGUUUGAGAGUAAGGGUCUAUAUAGCCUGGGCCGGCAAUGAAGCUUGGGGAAAAAUGACUUUGAACUGAUCCUCCUAACUCUUAACUUUUUAGUUCUGAGAUUACAAGUAUGCCCCACAGUGUCUGUCUGGUGCAUGCAGUGCUUGCUGGACAGUGCACCUUUGAGAAUACUGGGCAGCAACUGUUCUAUAAACUGAGCUUUCUUCCCAGGCCACUUACUGCAGUAUUAAUGGGAACAUCUUCCUGCCUUCUGAGAAGAUGCCACAGCAGAUGACUGGUAGAGAGCAUCCAGCUCAGGCCCUGAUCCAGAACAUAUUCGUAACUUUGCCAAUAAUAAUAUCAGCUUUAAGAAAUGUCUAUUCGUCAGGCACAGAUUAAAACUCCUAUCCCCAGUGACUCAUACUUAGAACUAAGUGGGCCACAAAUGAAUACAAUUCCGCCAGGUAUGUUGGCUCACAACUUCCUCUUGGCUCAACCCCAGAGGAAGGUGGAGACUGGAGACUGGCUAAGAGUUGGAGUUCCAAAUCAACCUUAGGUACUGAGCAAGAUUCCACCUCUGAAACUCUAAGUCUCAAAUAAAUGGCUGAGGUGCCUAUUUAACAUAUCAAUGUGGACCAGGCUGCCACGUUCUCCCAGUACCCCUUGUUACAGGGUAUGGCUGGCACACUCCACCUUCUACCCCAAAUUCUCCAGCUUGUGUUGCCCUUCUCUAUAUAACCCAGCCAUUUUAGUUACCUGCCCCCUUUUUACCUUUUGGCCACAGCACCCGGGUCUUAUGGCUCAGGGGUUAUGUCCACUCUGAACUCCCCCAGCUGUCUGCCUAUGCUUCCCUUUUCCCCUACAAUAAACCUCCUCCUCCACCAUACUUAGAAGCAGCCAUGUCCUUAGUUUAUUAUUUUUUCAUUCAUGAAAGAAAUGCAGAACCAAGUGAAUUAACAAGAAAAUAAAUAAGUAAAGCAAAUACAGAAAACAAAUUGAAUGAAGUGAAUUAACGCAUCGGCUUUUGACUUUCACGGAAUCUCAGUUUUUUUUUUUAAAUUAUUAUUUUUUGAGUCAGAGUUUCACUAUGUAGUCCUGGCUGUAUUGGAGCUCUACGUAGAGCAGGCUGCUCCGGACGUCACAGGGAUCCGCCUGAAUCGCUCACAGGAGUUCUGGGAUUAAGGGCGUGAACCGCUUCCGCGGCUUUCAGGAUUUUUUUCCCUCAUCUCCGUGAAUUUGGCUUUACCUCCCCAGAGAUCCGCCUGCAUCUGCCUCUCCGCGGAUGUGCGCGGUUUUCCCGGCUGUUUUUUUCUUUCUUUCUUUUUUUUUUUUCCUUUUCCACGGAGACUAUGUUGUCAAUCAAUACAGAAACAGAAAACGCCCAGACGUGGCGGAAACUCAGUCAUCCAAUCAGAGGACGGCUUGUGGUUGACAGGCGGGACUACAAACCGGAAAUGUGAGACAGAAUACGCGGACCGAGCCGGGGGAGGGGCGACCAAAAAGAAAACAAAAAACAAAAAACAAACCGCCGAAAAACAAAAAAAUAAAAACCGCUUCAGGCCGGAAGUAUAAAACGGAACCCGGAAGUGUGGGACCGGAUACGGCUAAAACACUUCAGGCCGGAAGUGCGAGACAGAUACGGAUGAAAACGCUGCAGGCCGGAAGUGCGAGACGGAUGAAAACGCCUCAGGCCGGAAGUUUGAAGUGAAGAUGGCUAUAAAAGCUUUAGAGAAGCUCGGGAAGACACUCACCAGCACUUGGAGUCCGAGCUUGGACUGACUGCCUGGGCCUGCUGGGAUUCUGAGUUCUGCCAUCAGUUCUUGUUUCUGCCUCCUGUAUGCUUCACCAGGAUCCUUGACACUGAAGAUCUGAAGGAUGAGUGUCCAGGACCCACCCACACUCCUGCAGCUGUCAGUACAGAGACUACUGAGGGACGAGGCCCUGGCCAUUUCUUCUCUGCAGUACCUUCCCAGGGCGCUUUUCCCACUGCUCUUCAAGGAAGCCUUCAAUCACAGACAAACUAAUGUCCUGAGGGCCAUGGUGGCAGUGUGGCCCUUUCCCUUCCUCCCUCUGGGGACCCUGAUGAAGACUCCCCACCUGGAGAUCUUGCAGGCUGUGCUGGAUGGAGUAGACAUGCUUUGGACACAGAAGGUUCUUCCCAGAAGGAGGAAGCUCCAAGUGCUGGACCUGAGGAAUGUGUACCAUGACUUCUGGGAUGUUUGGGUUGGACCAGAGGAUGGAGACCACUCAGCAGAGACUGUGUGUGAAAAGCAGAUAGCAAAGCGCCUUCAUCAAUAUGCACUGAGGCGACGUUUGAAGGUGGUCACUGACCUGUGCCUCAGGUUCCAUUUGAAUGAACACCAAGCAUACUUGUUACAGUGGGCCCAGCAGAGAAGAAGUUCCAUACGGCUAUGCUGUGUGAAGAUGCAGAUUUGGGCUUUGCCUGUGUACACUGUCAGGAAGGUCUUGAUGGUGUUCCAGCCAGACAGCAUCCAAGAAUUGGAACUAAAUACAGGUUGGAGCCUGUCCACUCUGGUGCAUUUUGCAUCUUACCUGGACCAGAUGAGAAACCUUCAAAAACUCCUUUUAACACGGAUUCACAAGAACACCUUCAAGGUUCUAAAUACCUCCUCGGACAUCCAGAAGUGUAUCACCAAGUUUGUCUCUCAGUUCUCCAAACUCAACUCUCUCCAGCAUCUCUCCAUGAAUGGCAUCUACUUUUCCAGUGAGCACAUGAAACAGUUGUUCAGGUACCUGAAGACCCCGUUGGAGACUCUGUCCAUCACCAUGUGCAAGCUUUCACAUUUAGACUUGAAUUCCUUGUCCCAGAGUCAGAGCCUCCAUCAGCUCAAACAGCUGAACCUGAGACUUGUGAAGUUGAUUGACUUACGUCCUGUGCCUUUCCACGACCUCCUCAGGAGUGUUGCAGGCACCCUGCAGACCCUAGAACUGGAGGGCUGUUGGAUGGUGGACUCCCAGCUCACUGCCCUCCUGCCUGCCCUGAGCCAGUGUUCCCAGCUCACCAGGGUCAACUUCUAUGACAAUGACAUCUCCAUGGCUGUUCUAAAGGACCUUCUGUAUCACACAGCCAGUCUGAGCCAGCUGACCCAGGAGCUGUAUCCUGCCCCUCUGGAGUGCUAUGAUGACACGGGUGAUGUCCUUAUGGGAAGAUUUGUCCAACUUUGUCCUGAGCUUAUGGAGACACUCAUUACUGUAAGGCAGCCCAAGAAUGUCUCCUUUGCUACGUAUAUCUGCCAUGAAUGUUGCCAGCGCUGUGUCUAUGGCCUGGAGACAAAACUUUGUCGUUGUCGGCAGUAAAUAGGGGCAGGUUGUUUUUUGAUACUGAGAAAUGAAAGUCUAGGAACAGGUCUUGCAUCAAGAGAACCCAAAGCACAUGGCCACACACUGCUCAUUAUCUGGGAACCCAAAUGGUGUGCUGGAGGGUUAGACCACAAAGACUGAGCUUCUAGAGAACAAUGGGACCCAGGACAGAUGUUUGUGGAAUCAAAAGACAAUCCUUCAUUUCUUUUCUUUUGUUCAUUCUUCAUUGUUUUUUUGUUUUCUUUUAAGAUUUAUUUAUUUUAUAUCUGGGUGGUUUACCUGCAUAUAUGUAUCCUUGGUGCCUAUAGAGUUCAGAUGUGGGCAUUGGAUCCCCUGGAACUGGAGUUUUGGAUGGCUGUGACCCAUCAUAUGAGUCUUCUGCAAGAACAAGUGCUCUUGCCUGCUGAACCAUCUCUCCAGCCCCAGUUGAGCACUUUCUAAAUAAAUGAGUUCUGUCAGGUCAUGAUAAUGAAUGACUUUCUCCUUCUCACAUGGUAGUAAAAUGGCCAGAUUUUAGAACCUGGAUGUUCUGGUGUCCUUCUCACCAGAUUUUUGGAGCUUGGUUUCAGUGUUGUUCUUUUCCUGUGGCUUGGCUGGAAAGAUCCUGUGCUGUCUGACCUCUCUAGACAUCUGUAAUGGCAAACCUGGUUGUCAGCCUGCCCACUUCUGUAACAACUAGAACCCACUUGAUGAAACAGCACAUGCCCUAAAUGGUGACCAUGCAUUCUCUUGGCAGCAUUGGUAAAGAGAGAGAAGAAGGAAGCUGUGCUGCCGAGUUUGUCCUACUUCUUUGGGCAGUAUUCAUUUUCUUCAGGAUUUUAACAUAGCCUGAAAGCCAGCAGCUCUCUAGGAGCCUAGGAUUGCAGCACCAGAUUGGACUGCAGAGACUUCCAGCUUUACGAAUGAACUCCCAGAUCCUUGGCCUUUUCAUUGUGAGCCAGCCAUUGUCAGACUGCGCAGACCACAGCCGGUAAGCCAGUCUAGUAAACCUCAUAUGUUCCUGAUACACACGGAACUGUCAGUUCUGCUCCUUUAGCCUUUAGAGAACCCUGACCACUACAGCAUCAAGGUCAAGUGAAAGCCGUCAGAUGUCUUCCCUCCUUUACCUUUGCCUGGGCAUCUGUUAUGUCUCACUUGUGUGCUCAUUGCUUUAGUAUACAAAAUGUCAAUGUAAAAUGAGCAAUGCAUUCUCCUCUGAGGGGUUUGGGGGAAUGGUAGAGGAAUCCAAUCUAGUACACUUAGACUAGGAGGUAUUAUGGACAUAUCAAAGAUGGCUGAAGUGAAGUCAAAGAUAACAAAGAGCAAAGAAAAUGGAGGCUAAGCCACUUUGCUUUAUCACUCUUUAUUUUUUUCUCUCUCUUUCAUGGUCACAUAUUGCCCAGGCUGGCCUUGAAAUCUCCUGCCUCCACCUUCUAAAUGCUAAGAUUACUGAAGUAUGGCACCUUGGCUAGUUUGUAGUCCACAUGUAUGUAAGACUCUAUUUUUCAGGGCUUCUAGCCUCCGGCUGUCCCUUUGAAAACAAAGGUCUCCAGUAGAUGUCCCUGUCCCCUAAAGGAUUGACAGGCCUUAAGAACUGCAUUAUAGGUGUCCAGGAGUAAACUUUUAUUUUGUUAAUAAGUAUCUAAGCCUAGCCAUUGCGAUCCUCUGUAUAAUCUGGUUGCAAUAAAGAAUUUUGGUUCAUAA